AUGAAUGCAGAUCAAAAAAAGAAAGUUAAAAGUAAUCUGAAUUCAUUUCAGGCAGGUGAUGGUACUGACAUGAGUGCUGGAGUACGGACAAAUUCGAAUUUAUUCAGUCGUAUUCAACGAACAAAGGACUAUGAAAAUCGAAUUCUUUUUUUCACUGAUGCACAGAUAAAUACAGAUGAAAUGAAUGUUGAAUUUUUUAAAUCAAUUUUAGUCAAACAUGCCGGACAGUAUAUUUUUAUAAUAUUUAUUAGAAUUAUUAUCGAUUUACAAAUAUCACUCAUUCAAGACAUUGCUAAUACACGGGGUGCAAAUUAUUUUACGGUAAAUAAUGAAAAAUUUUUCAAAUUAUUAGAUGAUAAUUUUGAUUUAAUUGUGGCACCUCUCAUAUUCAAUUUUCAACUACAUUUACAAUCGAAUCAAUUUCAAAUUGAAGAUGUUUUUGGUUCACCUAAAUAUGCAGAUAGUACGAUAGAAUUACUUAAAAUUAAUAUACUCGUUCCUGCAAGAAUACAAAAUGAAGACAAAAACCAAGACACAUCAACUCAAAUACAUUAUUUACAAUUAACAAUAACUUAUGAAGAUCAUCUUGGUAAUGUUACCGAACCGAUAUCACCUGUUAAUAUUCUUAAUCAAAUUUCACAAUCUACAAAUAACGAUAAAUAUUCAUCUGAUUCAUUCUA